AUGGGUGUGUACAGCCCACCCCAUCCAGGGGUCAACCCCCCCAAUUUUUUCUCUGCCCAGAUGCUGAAGCCCCUGGUGGAGAAACGCCGCCGUGACCGCAUCAAUAGGAACCUGGAGGAGCUGCGCCUACUUCUCCUGCAGAAAACCCACUGCCAGUGGGAUGCAGGUACACUGCUCACGGAAGCGGAGGUUCCACUUAGCGGGCAACAACAGGCGUUUGAUAGGCGUCCCUGCCUCUUCUCAACAGCGUUGCCCCUUCAAGCCAUCUUCUUGGACCUCUUUUAUUUACAGACCCUGAAGAAUCCCAAAGUGGAGAAGGCAGAGAUUCUGGAGCUGGCCGUGGGAUACCUACAGGAGAGGAACACGGCUAAACCCCGGGGUACAAUUCACCUGCAUGGAGAGGAUGCCCUGGAGGACAGCGGCCUGCAGACCUGCUAUCCCAUGGGAUUCCGGGCGUGUUUUGGGCACCUGGCAGCCUUCAUCCAGCACGCCCAUCCGUCGGUCCAGAGCCACUUAUGGGAGGGGCUGCGCGUUUAUCUCACGGCCAUGGUGGAACCGCCAGCCCAGGACUGGAGUUCUUCCACGCUUUCUCCGAGCUCUUCCUCCUCUGAGGAAGCCCCUGCCUGGACCCCAGAGGCUUUCUGCUCACCGGUGCAGCUCAGCAGGACUUUCCGGAGACCAGACCCGCCUUCCUCCAGCACCGGACACCUGGGGAGCCGACAGAGACACCCCCACCCCCCGGAAAGUGAUGCAUCAGCGAAAAGCAUCUCCCCGCUGCCCACUUUCUGGCGCCCUUGGCCCUAG